AUGCCACUGGUAAAGACAACACUACGCUCUGAGGUUGAGGCCAGGUCCUUCAUCAGGGAUUACAUGAAGGCACAGUAUAGGCCCUACUCAACGACGGAUAUUCAGCUAAAUUUGCACAAUCAAAUCACCAAAUCCAAAUUAGCAGCAAUCCUAGAUUCGUUGCUUGAGGAGGGAGAAUUGAUUGUCAAAACCGUCGGAAAGACAAGCUACUACUGCUAUAAGGAGCUAUUCCAGGCUCAAGAGGAACCGUGCGACGAGGACAAGCGGGAGAUUGAGGACCACUUGGCUCGUGUUCACAGCGAGAUUGAGUCUCUUACAACUGGUACGUCUGUGUGUCACGAACUCUUGCUUUACUUGUUUCUUCCCUCUCCCCUCUUCUAUCUUAUACUAACAUCAUAUUUGUUUGAGAGUUGGCACAGCUAA